AUGGAACCUGAGGUGUAUGGGUCUUGCAAUGGAUGCAUUACCGCUGCUCCUGGGGAGUCUGCUGCAGCUGAAAGAGCAGCAGCAGCAGCAGAUGCAGCAGCAGCAGCCUUCUCCGGUGUCGACGAGCAGCAGCAGCUGUACUCUGCUGCUCGAUCAGCAGCAGCAGCAGGAACAGGAGCAGCAGCAGCAGCAACAACAACUGCAGCAGCAGCAGCAGCAGCAGCAGCAGCAAUCAACUGGAAAGCGCUCGAGAAACCCUUCGUUAAUAUAUUUUGCCCCCCAGCAACACCCAAGGCCCGUGCGGUGUGUGCGCAGCAGCAGCAGCAGAAUGGAUGCAUUACCGCUGCUCCUGGGGAGUCUGCUGCAGCUGAAAGAGCAGCUGCUGCUGAUGCUGCUGCUGCUGCUGCUGAUGAUGCAAACCCCCAAGAACAGCAGCAAAAAGAAACACACAAACUUCUCCAGCAGCAGCAACAGCAGCAGCAGCAGCAGCAGCAGCAGAAUGGAUGCAUUACCGCUGCUCCUGGGGAGUCUGCUGCAGCUGAAAGAGCAGCAGCAGCAGCAACAGCAACAGCAGCAACAGCAGCAACAGCAGCAGCAGCAGCAGCAGCAGGGGGAGCAGAAGAGGUGUGGAGCCAGCUGCUGCCCUCAACAGGAGACAUCGAGCAGCUGCUGCUGCGCCCCUGCUGCAGCACGAACCAGCUGCAGCAGCAGCAGCAGCAGCAGCAGCAGCAGCGGGGGGUUGUUGCUGUACACCCAGACUGGAACGUCGGCAUCUGUGCUGCUGCGUUUGAAGGAGACAGCAGCAUCUUCUUGUGGUGUCUAUCCUCGCAGCAGCAGCAGCAGCAGCAGCAGCAGCAGCAGCAGGAAGCAGCAGAAUAUGUGGAGGCCGAACGAAUCAUCCUUAAAGCCGUUCUAGGCAGCUAA